CAACAUCUUUUGCUCAAUCGUCUAACAAGCUAAGGAAGUAAUCAGAAAAUUGAGAUUGAGAAGAAGAAAACAAAAGGAAAAGAUUGAGAUCAAUCAGUAUGUCAGAACUGGGGAACAAGAGAGAAUCAUCGUCUCAGGAAGGAAGCAAAAAUACUAGUAUUAACGAUUGGCUCCCCAUCACAUCAUCAAGGAAUGCAAAGUGGUAUUAUUCCGCUUUUCACAAUGUCACGGCUAUGGUUGGUGCUGGUGUUCUUGGCCUCCCUUAUGCCAUGUCUCAGUUGGGCUGGGGUGCUGGAGCCACAGUAAUGGUACUAUCAUGGGUGAUAACACUAUACACCUUAUGGCAAAUGGUGGAGAUGCAUGAGAUGGUGCCAGGUAAAAGAUUGGAUAGAUACCACGAGUUGGGCCAGGAGGCUUUUGGGGAAAAGCUCGGGCUGUGGAUUGUGGUUCCUCAGCAACUCAUGGUGGAAGUUGGAGUGAACAUAGUGUACAUGGUCACAGGUGGAAAAUCUCUCCAGAAGAUUUAUGAGACUGCUUGUCCUGGUUGCAGGCCUUUGAAGACCACCUAUUUCAUCAUGAUGUUCAGCGCUGUUCAGUUCGUCCUUUCAUUUUGUCCCAAUUUCAACUCCAUCGCUAUAGUCUCCUUCCUUGCUGCUGUCAUGUCUCUCAGUUAUUCAACCAUAGGUUGGGGAGCAUCAGUACACAAAGGAAUAGCUCCAGAGGUUGAUUACAGUCCAAGGGCUUCAACAAGCACAGGAAGAGUGUUUGGAUUCUUGAGUGCUUUGGGGGAUGUUGCUUUUGCAUUUGCUGGCCACAAUGUGGUCUUGGAAAUUCAAGCCACUAUGCCUUCAACUCCUGAGAAACCGUCCAAGAAACCCAUGAUGAAAGGAGUCAUUAUUGCUUACAUCGUCGUGGCUAUGUGUUACUUUCCUGUGGCUUUUGUUGGUUAUGCAGUUUUUGGAAAUAGCGUGCAGGACAACAUCUUGAUCUCCCUACAGAAACCUGCUUGGCUUAUUAUCAUGGCUAACGCCUUUGUUGUCAUUCAUGUUAUUGGAAGCUAUCAGGUGUUUGCUAUGGGCGUGUUUGACAUGAUUGAAUCUUACUUGGUGAAGCAAAGGAACUUCAGUCCAACUAAACUGCUACGAGGAAUUGUUCGGACUAGUUAUGUUGCCCUUACAAUGUUCCUUGCAGUAACAUUCCCAUUCUUUGGUGGCUUACUUAGCUUCUUCGGAGGAUUUGCAUUUGCUCCUACUACCUACUUUCUGCCUUGUAUCAUGUGGCUAGCCAUCUACAAACCUAAAAGAUUUGGGUUCUCUUGGUUCACAAAUUGGAUAUGCAUCAUACUUGGUGUUCUUCUUAUGAUUUUAGCUCCCAUUGGUGCCUUGAGGCAAAUCAUACUGCAAGCCAAGGGUUACAAGUUCUAUUCUUGAUUGAAGGGUUCUCGUCACAAAUUAAGUAUUUGGCAGACGAUAUUUUAGAUGUCUAGCUAUAUAGUUUUAUUGCUGUAUUAAUAUUUAGUUUAAUACUCCAUAUCAGACCAUCGUUCUUGGUGGAAAUUUGAUUGAUAUUUGGCUGUUACGUAAAACAGCUUCCAUUUGUAGAUACAUAUAUGAUUAUUUAAGAUCAACUAUUUCAGCGAC